GAUUACAUAUUUUUUCUUAUUUCCUCCUUCUCCCUCCCUCCCUCUCCAUCUCUCUCCCCUACUUCCACCCUGAACUUCUCCACCCCCAAAUUGCCAAAUACCCCUUUUUCUUCUCUCCUCCCAUUUCCCACAAGCAAAGGGAAACAAGAAUUUCCCAACAAAGGGACAAUCGAAGAGAAUAUGAACCUUUGUGACAAGAGAAGAAAUAAACCCGAGAUGAUCAAUAGAUGUGUGUAA